AUGACGCGCCGUCGCGAGCUGCGAGUCACCGUUAUCCUGAGUACCACCGUCUUUCUUUGUGUCCUUGGGACGAUCGUCUACAUCGCUUUACGGAAGAGCAAAGAUGUUGAUGACAUAGACGGCAAUGAUGCAAAAGCGAUUCAGGAACGCUUGGCGGGCGCCGCAAACAGAGCGGCACGUGCUGCUGAAUAUGUCCUCAACGCGGAGGGGAACGUUGCGAAAGCUGCCGAGACAGCCCUGACAACAUACGCUGAAGCAUCCGGUGUGACAUGGCAACCGCGUUCUUAUGGACAAGGUCGUGCUGAAUCAGUUCCAUACCAAAUUCGGUGCAAAAUUGGAUCUGACAUUGUCACUCUCAGCAUCAAUGCUGAAGUUAUCCAAUUAAAAAUAGAACACCACUUUUCUAAAUCGGGAUUCGGUUCGCAAGGAACGCCGAGAAGUGCAACUGUUGUGCUGAAAAUCGCAGAUGCGGAAAAGGAAGAAUUUGAAAGUGGAUAA